AUGGGGCAUGCGGGCUACGACACCACCUUUGUCUGUGACGACGAGGACAACAACAACAAAAACAACAACUUCGCAGCCGCUCUAGCCGUGGCCAUGGCCGACGAGAAGCGCACGGAAGAAGCCGUAGGGAGAUCCGGAGUUUUACAACGAGGAAACAGACCAUGCAAGCAAAUGACACUGACACGCCCGUUACAGAAAACAGCCGCCAAGAAAGCAGCCGCGGCGGCCGAAGCUAAGCUGAUUGAGAGCAAGAAGUCGCGAGGGAUCAUGGUACGUUGGGGGAAACCAGCUAGCAUCUCCUUUUCCGUGUUACAUCGUAUUGGGGUCUCAUUGGGGACGGGGGGGUGUGAGCUAACUGGCUUUUGAUACUGGCCGCGCGACGGGCCGCUAAAGACGACAAAACCGCCGAUGCUGCAGCUCCACGCCCGGACCAGUUCAUGCGCUUGUGAAAGAGAAGGAAAAAAUGGGCCAGGCAAAAUGCGACGGCAACGACGACUGACGACUCGCCAUCACGGCUUGGAUUUCUAUACAUGCACUCGC